UGGGUGUGGACACACUGGCACGCAGCGAGGUAAACACAACGCAAUAUUUCGUCGGAAUUUCACCUGGUUUUUACCUGGUGCGUCGCGCAAUAAAACCGCCCAAUUGGUGUCGAAAUUACGGCACAGAUAAUGCGCGAAGCAAUUGGAAUACGGCGCGAUGAGAUAAUCGGUCGAUUCGGGCGGCAAAAGGCAACUGCGUGUCAAGUGGAAAAUAAGUGAACGGUGGGUGGAGGGUUGACUUUCGUCAAGCAAGAAAACAAUAACAAAAACAAAACGCGCAGCCGAAAAUCGGCAACAACAAAAGCGAGUGAGAGAAAGGUGCGAAAAAUUCACCUGUCCCCGUGGGCCGAUUAAUUGAUGACGUGGAAGCGGACGAAGGACGCAGGGCCACAGGAUAUAUACAUAUUUUCCAGUGCACAUGCACAUGCAUGCUGCACACGCACGCACACACACGCGCACUCAUACUGUAGCGCCCAUGCAGAAAACCAGUUGUUUGGCCGUUGCUGUUGUUGUUGCUGCUGCAAAUGAGAAGUGCAAGUGAAGCAGCAACAAAAAUCCUGCUCUUGAAGUACAAAGCGAAGAAAAGGAGAAAAUAAAUAAGCGGAAAAGGGCCGAGAAGAAGGUGCGACAACGACAAAAAGUUGUUUGUCAACUUGUUGCCAAUGUUGCAGCCACAAAGUGGCUGGCUGUACAAACAGCAGCAACAAAAACCCAGCAUUUGGCAUCGGGCAAGUCCAGGCGAAAGUCCCAGGCCCUCGGCAGGAUAAUAAGGAGCACCCAAAACCGAAACCGAAACCGAAAACAGCGAACAGGUGGAAAGGGCCAGGAUAUCCUGUCACUCGGCUCCAAAUCAGGAAACUCUAUCAAAGCACCUUACAUAAACUAGUAUAUCCCUUCGAUGGCAUAUGGAUCUUAGGAGUUUGGAAGGUGGAAAUUAAGAGGCAGAACACAAGAAACACAGGAUUCUCUACGAAUUUGGUGCUCUAUUUGACUGGCUUAUUGGAUAUUUUGCCCAAAUCAUCCGCAACCCGUCCCAGAGCAAACUGGAAACAAAUCUACUCCACCUUUUUCAAGAGAAAGAAGUCAGCUUGUGUAGAGGGACUUUAGUUCCAGUGAAUCAUUUCGGCAAUUAGAAGAACCCCUGCCAGCAAACAUGUCCACGAUUACCAGAAGCGCCAGUGCGAGUCCCAUGGCGCUGAACGGCGUCAUCGAUGCCAGCCUGUUCCCCCUCAAGUCCACGGCCGAUGUUAUCAAUCUGUUCCGUCGCGCUCUAACCUCCGGCAUCGAGCCCGAUCUCACCCUGCUCUCCAUCGUAGUUGGCUACAUCGAGCUGUCCUUGACGACGGGAGAGGCUGCUGCGCAGGCAGCUCAAGCCGCCGCCGCCGCUGUCGCAGCAGGUGACAUUAGUCAGGCGACGACAGGUGGAAAUGACAUCAUUAUGGGCAACAGCGUCCCGUUUCCAGUUGUAACCCACGAACUGAUCGCCGGCCUGUAUAAGAAAUUCCAGACGAUCCUGUCGGUGGUCGAGAAGCCCAAGCCCCAUCGCCAGGCCACCCGAGAGGUGAUCAAGAAGGUGUCGGAUGUGAUCUGGAACUCGCUGAUCCGCAGCAGCUACAAGGACCGGGCGCACCUGCAAAACCUCUACAGCUAUCUGUCCGGCAACAAGUUGGACUGCUUCGGAGUUGCACUCGCUGUGGUGGCAGGAUGUCAGCUGCUCGGCUACAAGGACGUGCGACUGGCCAUCUCCGAGGAUCAUGCUUGGGUGGUAUUUGGCCAAAAGCGCGUGGAGACAAUCGAAGUGACAUGGCACGGCAAAGGAAGCGAGGAUAAGCGGGGGCAGGAUAUUCGCCCCGGGAUCGAAUCCGGAUCAUGGCUCUACUUGGGUGGACUGGCGGUGGUUUGCGAGCGUGGCAUGGAAGUGGCGGCCAUCUGUGCCGCUCUGAAUAUUUCUUUGACCUCGAACAGUGACUGUGUGGAGGUGGCUGAGCUCCAGCAGCAGCUGCUGUGGCUACUUUACGAUUUGGGCCACCUCAAACGCUAUCCCAUGGCCCUGGGUACACUCGGCGAGCUGGAAGAGAUUCAUCGAACGCACCCCAGCAUCAGUUGCGAGCAGUUGUAUCGCGAGGCCAUUGAGUCGGCGAGGACUCACUACCGGAACCAUCACGUGUAUCCUUAUACCUACCAGGGAAACUACUACAAUCGAUUGCUCAAGUACCGCGACGCGUUUGCUGCAUGGGCAAAUGCGGCGGACGUUAUUCGCUUGUAUACGUAUCAGUGUCGUGACGACGAGGAGAUAUACAAGGAGCUGUUGGACAUUGCCAACGAGCUCAUACCGUAUGUGAUGAAAACAGAGAGCUCAGGUCAUUCAGCAAGAAGUAUUCUACGAGACUCCGAGGUUUUUGCCAAUUUGCUGCGCUUCUACGACGGCAUCUGCCAGUGGGAGGAGGACAGCCUGACUCCUAUUCUGCACAUUGGUUGGGCCAAGCCAUUGGUGAAUAAUAUCACCAAGUUCGAUUACGACAUCAGGUCGCAGGUGGUCAUCAAGUUGCCCGAGGAUCUGGAGGCGGAACAGGCGAAGGCGGAGCUUGCGAGGGCGGUACACGAAGCCAAGGAGGCUAAGGAGUCGAAGGAAGCUACAGGAGCAGAGGCUUUGGAAGGCAAUAACAACAAGCUGGUCACAAAGGAAGAGAAAUCCAAAAAUUCGGAGCUACCGACUACCUUGGCCGAUUUAACUGCUGCCUGCGGCGAGAAGAUUCUCAAUCCGGACUUCCUGCUCCAGGGCGGUGGACAGCCGUUCGCCGAUCAGAAGCAACAGCCUCCUGGCGGCGAGUCCGAUAAUGCCGAGCUGCACAAUAACAACAAUAACAGCAACAGCAAUAACAACAAUCACAAUUCGGACAAAAAGGAGGCGUCAGCCACCACAACUACCGCAACUAUCGCAACAACCACAAGCAAUGGCAGUGGCACCUCUGGCCAGUUGCCCGUUUCCAGUGAAGCACAAUCCCAAGUUCAAGCAAAUGACCAACUGGGAAAACCACAGCACAAAGAAGCUAAAAAAGAGGAGACAAGCGACGACUACGAUCCCUUCGAGAUAAUGCUCAAGCGGCCAGUCAUCACCUUGUACAGCCAAAAGAUGAAGGGCCUGAAGGAUCUGCUGCUGGCCGAGAAGCUCAACACUCACGCUAUUUCCCUCCAAGUCACCGCUCAGUCGGUGGCCUCCCGAAAGGUUCGCGGAGUGGAGAAACAAUCGGCCACCAUUUCAGCCACCAUCACUGCAAUCUCUUCCAGUUCCGGAGACAGUGUCCUGAGCGGAGUCGCCGGUGGCGGUGGUGGAGGUGGCAGUGGUUCAGCAGUCACCGGUGGAGCGUCCUUGGCAUCGUCGUCCCUAGGAGGAGAUUGUAUAGCCGCCUCACGCCCAAAAAGAACGCGUCGCGAGUAAUUCUCAUUGUUGUAUAUUACGUAUUGGAAAACUCUUAUUAAUCAUAUGUACCAGCUAAGGUGGUUCGAUUCUUGUUGUGAGUCUAAAGUAGAGUCAACUCUUAAUAUUUUUCAAGCAUAUUUCGUUAAAAAACCGAAUAGAGCCAAACUGGAAGUCUGUCCUCUGAGCACAAUGAAAACACUUCAAUAACUUAUAUUUUAGAAUCUACUACUACCUUUACAAUUAACUCAAACUUGAAAAUUGCAUCUUAUAAAUUUUGUAACAGCAGAGCAUUCGAACCACCACAGUAACCGUGCAUAUAAUAUAUAAGCUAUAAUAUUUUUGAUGUUCAAUGUGUAUUUAUGUAGUUCGUAAGCGCGAGACGAAACAGAAAUUAAGCCGUUAUAGAACGCCUAGCGUUUUAAAAAGAAAUUUAAAAUGUGAAACACAUACACACAGACAUGUCCCAGCAAACACAGGCACACGAAUCGCUAAGCUAUGCUAAGUAUUUAUGAUGUAUUUUUAGCUGUUAUACUUUAUCUCAUAUGUAUUUAUUGCUACAACUAUGUGUUUUCCCAUCAAGCAAGCUUAAAACUUUUUUUUAUUGUUUAAGCGUAACUUAAUUGGUGCUCUUCUUCGAAAGCGAAAGGAAAAUAUAGGUUCUGUGUUUGAUUUCGAUCACACUUUGAUGCAAAAAUCCGAAAAGAUGUUUUUUUUGAACGAUGACCGGACUGCUCAUAUUUAUGUAUUUACUUUAAAGCAUUUUAUUGAGGCUAAGCUGAUUAAUUUAACUCUAUUUACACAUAUAUCCUGUAAUAUUUAAGAACGCAAAUCCUUGUUACGAACUGUUGACUUGAAGCAACAAAACAGUUGGCAAAACCGAAUGGUAAACAAAAGAAUACAUAUUUAACACUUCCUCUAUAUGUGAUACAACACUUUUUCUAGAAAAGCUUUCAUAUUAUCUUAAAAAACUAAAUAGAAUUAACCACUCUCCACACACUGUAAACGAACACUACUUGAGUGGGCUGGCAGCAGCAGGACAGGAUAUUAUUUAGGGAUAAUCCAUAAUCCGUAACCAAGUUGAAUGUAUGUCCCGAUCCCACGAAUGUGUCCCAUCAACUUGUCGCCCCAUUUAGCUACAGCAAUUACGGAAAAAUCGGAGCUUGUAACAAAUUGUUAAACGAUGAUAAUAAUUGCAUUGAAUUUAAUUUGAUUUAUGCGUAGAGCAUCUGUGAUGAAUAAUAAUGUUUAAUGGAUGGAGAAGGAGCGAAGUGGAGAGCCCAAAACCACACACAAUACUGAUCAACAAUAUUACUAAUCAAAUAUAAGGUGUUUUAUUCCUCGUAUAUAACAUUAGCAGACUACAAAUGUAAACACAAACGAAUUCAAGCAAACUAUUUAAUUAUGCAGAUUUGCAGAUCGCAACAACUAAAUGUUAAAUGUUGAACUGUAGUAACAAUUGUGAACUCUCUAUACCGAAGCUAACAAAAAACAACAAAGGAGUAUAUAUUUUGGCAUACAAAAUUUUUAACAUUAAGUCAACUAAAGGCAGAAUGCAAAUUGUGAAAUAUUUUAUUAUUUUUACUACAUCUCGGACAGCACGAAAACCAGCCCAAAAAUAGACAAAACUUAAAGUUCGCUAUGCAAUAAAUCAAAAGGCAGCAAUUCAAGAACGGAAACAAUAUGAAAACCUAUACGCAUAUAACAUAUAUAUUUAUUAAUGUUAAAAUAUGGUACAUUUUUGAUCUAAUUGUUUAAAAUAGCCAACCAGCAGCAACAGUUAAAUUAAAUGUAGCUUAAAAUCCAAAUGCUCAAUAAUCCCUUUAGCUUGAAAACUAAAUAGCCAGCCGUAAAAAUGUUAUACAAAUCAUUAAAUGCAUAUAAAACAA